AUGGACCUCAACCAAAAAAAUCAAAUUCCCCACUUUUCACCCCUUCAAUCCACCAAAUUGAAACCCAAAACAAAACUCAUCACCAACUCCGGCGUCGGCGGCCCCGCCAACAAGUUUGUUGGAGUGCGGCAACGUCCCUCCGGCCGAUGGGUGGCCGAGAUCAAAGACAGCACCCAGAAAAUCCGAUUGUGGCUUGGCACCUUCGAGACCGCUGAGGCCGCCGCCCUAGCCUAUGACGAAGCCGCCUGCCUCCUCCGCGGCUCCAACACCCGCACCAACUUCUCUAACCGCCGCCCCUCCGACGGCUCCGCCUCCGCUGACUCCCCUCUCUCCGCACGCAUCCGUAAACUCCUCCAUCACAAGAAACUCCCCCUCAACGGAAAAGCCUCUCCCCAGCACCAUAAAAAUGGCUCCUUUCGGCCUUCCGGCGCCAUUGCAGCUGCUUCCUCCGGCAGCGGCGUCAGUUCUCCGGCGAGUGAGCGAAAGCAAGAGAUUUACAGCCCGUGGUUCGCUGAGGCUGCGGUUGAAACAAUGUUCAACGGAUUGGAGCUGAGCGAUAAAGGAUGCCGGUGGCCGGAGCUGGACGGCAGCGGCGCCGCGGAGGAAGUGGGUGUGUUCGAGAGGAUGAGAGAGGAGAGGCAGACAUCAGCGUCUUUAUAUGCGAUGAAUGGAGUCCAAGAGUAUUUUGAGGCAAUGCAGGAUUUGUCUGUUUCGCCAUCGUCGUUUGAUGCCGUUUUGGAUUUCCCACCAUUUUUAUACGAAUUAGAUGAAUUCUGA